AUGGCAAGGAUAGCGCCGCCGGCCGCAAUGCUCUGGAGCUAUGUAACCGGUCCAAAAGUUUAUGCAUAUUUCCGUGAACGAGACACUGCUUUCCCGAGCAAUUCACUGGAAUAUGUGGGCGAUACAAUGCUUACCGUUAUCAACGGAUGUGGAUCUAUUGCUUACAACAGGUCGUUGUUGAAUGGGACAAAUUUCAUGGUAUUUGCCAAAUUCACCGUCACUUAUUACAUGGUUGCGAUGAGCACACGCACCAUCGGGAGGCUAUUCAAUCCGGAUUAUCGUGUUUUUGCGGACACACUGAUGAAGGCUGGUUCGAAAAGAGAUGAUUCUGUUGUUGCAGCCACACACCUGCGCGAAUAUGAUUAUCAGAUAUUUGCUGCUCCAGUGGAUUUCCAGGCCAGGAAAGAGCCAAGGAAAUUUUUCAAAACACCAAGCCGGUUCACAAGAGAUGACAGUUUACUGUACACAGUGUUUCGAGAUUACUUAUCCUAUAACAUCAUUUUUGAGUUUGCUCGUGGUCUCAUUUAUCCUGGCUCCAUAUCGUUUUUGAACAAAUUAAUCGAGUCAUUCCUCAUUGAGCAUCGACGUCGGCUUGUGGUUGAAAAGGGCGGUAGACGCGCUGUGGUGGUAACAGUUGACGGAAACCGCGUGGAUGCAAUGUUUGUUGAUCGGCGAGGUAGUGGCACGAGAGGGAACAUUUUGGUCGUUGCAUGUGAAGGGAAUGCUGGAUUUUAUGAGACAGGCAUCAUGUUGACACCGCUUGCAUUGAAUUAUUCUGUACUUGGAUGGAACCAGCCUGCAGCAGUUGAUGCUGUUAUGCAGUAUGCGAUACAUGAAUUGGGUUUUAGUGAGAAUCAGAUCGUUAUUUAUGCAUGGUCAAUUGGUGGAUUUCCCGCAACAUGGGCUGCUGCUAAUUAUCCGUACAUUAAAGCACUGAUACUGGAUGCAACAUUUGAUGAUCUCCUACCACUUGCUAAAGCAAAAAUGCCACAAUCUUGGGCGCCAUUGGUUGAAUUCAUUGUUAGAACGUAUUUUGAUUUGCCAGUUGCCCUGCAGGUU